AUGAGUGAACACAACAGUAGUAAUCGAAACAAAAAGGGCAAAAAGACUGCUUCAGUCAAACUAGACUUCACAUACACUGACACAAACUCCAAGAGACGACACACUCUUCUCCCAAGACCACACUCAAACACCAAAA